UUGUUUUUAAGUUUUUUAUUUAUCAUUAUAGAAUUGAUAAUGUAUAUAAAAUAUUUUAAGUAUUAUUUACUCUUUUUUCAGUUUUUAAUACUUCAUGAAUAUUCAUUUAUUUUCAUGUAAUGGAUAAUGGAGAUCCUUUUGUGGAAUUGAUUCCACAGGAUAUAACAAUUUCAGCUCCCUCUUUAAUUGAAAAGAACAGUUCAUCUUCAGUUUCACAAGAUAAAUAUGGUGUACAAAAUGUUUAUGUCACACCUUGCAAGUUUUCUACAUCUCUGGGUGAAAGAAGAAAUUUGAUAACUAAAAAUGAUGUGACCGAAGCAACAAAUGGAUUAACUGUACUUGAUCAAAGUUGGUCUCACAAAACAAACUCCGUUCUUUCUUCCCAACAAGAUUAUUUAAAAAUUGAUCACUUUCAAGAGUUGUUUGCUGUUAAGAACAAUAUUAUAGAACAAAAAGAUAUAAUUAUGCAAAAACAAAAAACUAUUAUCAACCAACUUCGUCAAACAAACUUAGAACUAGAAGAACUUCUCAUUCAAAAGCAAGAGGAGAUUCAAGCUAGUGGUUUAGAUUCUCUUGUUUUGCAAGUUCGAGAAUACAAAUAUGAAAAUAGUCAGUUAAAACAAAAACUUACACAAAUAAAUAACUCCAAGUAUUCAGACGUAGAAAAGCUUCAAAAAAAAUUAGGGGAGUGUGAAUAUGAACACAGCAAAUUAAAAACUACUAUGAAAGAAAUGGAAAUAUCAAAAGUUACAGAAGUGUCAAAGUUACAACAACAGUUAGAAAUGAAAGAACACAUUUUAUCAAUGGAGCAAAGAAAAAGUGAAACAUAUCUUAGAGAGCUUAAAGAAGCUAAACAGGAAAAUACAAAGUUACAACUUUAUCUUGAAGAGCUUCCAACUUCUGAUGAAUACAAAAGUAUUAAGAAUGAAGUGAAGUCCUUAAAAAAAGAUAAAGAUACUGCAAUGGAUGAAAUAGAUUUUAUAAAGAAGAAAAAUGCAGAAUUAAGAGAGGAAAUAUCUAAAAAGGAUUCACAGUCUCAAGAAUUGCUUAAAACAAUUAACAAAUUAAAAGAUGAAAUAACGAGACUUUCCACCAGCCUUGAAAGCUACAAACAACAAGAUGAAAAAGGGCCAUUUUCUUUAAAGGAGUUUCAGGAUGCAAUCACUAAAAUAAAGUUUUUUGAGAGUGAAAACACACAUUUAAAAAAGUCUCUGGAAAAGCGACAUAAAAAACUAAAUCGCUUGCAUUAUGAUUUACUUGAAAAAGAUAAGCUGAUGGAGGAACAGAAGACUUCUUAUGAAAAUACUAUCAGGCUACUAACAGAUGAUUUGAAAAAUAAAAAUUUAUCAAUAACAAAGGUUAAUGCACAAAAUCAAGAAAUUAUGUCUUCUAGUCUUGAUUAUCAAAAAGAGUUGAAAAAAUACAAAGAUUGCUACACUCAAGAAUAUAUGGAUUCUUUCAACAUUCUCUUUAAAGAGAUAUGUAAAUGUGCUGAUGAUGUUCGAUCUUUUGUCAAGUUAUGCAGUUCAAGAGUAAAAGGAAAGGAACCUGAUUUGAAUGCUCUUCUUGGUUUACAUGAUUCACCUGAGAAAUCCCAAACAAUAUUUCAAAGUGUUUUAUUACCAACUCUAGACACCCUUCGGUUAAAAUUUUCAGAGAUUGCUGAUGUGAGAAAAGAAGUUGAUGGUUUGCGUCGCAGUGUUUGCGAGCAUUAUGCGCAGGAAAUCGGGAAUAAUAUGUGCAUUAGUCAAUAAUGUUUUUCUUUAGUUAAAUUUUGUAGUUUUCAUAUUUUUGUUUGAAUGAUAUGAAUUAUUUUA